AUGGCCGCGCCGCCCAGACACUCGUCAAUGAUGGCCACCAACGCAGGCGCGCCUCAAUCGGGCGCUAACGAUAGACAGCAAGUUACGCAACAGUCGUUGACACCACAGCCAACACAGGGUCUUCGAGUACCCUCGAAUCGCAAGACCAUCUACGACCGACACCUCAAUCGGAGCCGCAAUGCAGAGUCCAGCCGGGCGAGCUUCGCCUACCUGUUCGGCGAGAUGGUUACAUACGCUCAGCGGCGCGUAACAGGAAUCCAAGACCUAGAGAAACGAUUAAACGAACAAGGAUACCCCCUAGGCCUACGCCUCCUCGACCUCCUCUUCUACCGCUCCACGUCCACAUCAUCCUCAGCUCUCUCCAGCUCAUCUACCUCUUCAUCCCCGCCAAACCGCCCCCUGCGCAUCAUCACUCUCCUCCACCUUAUUCAUGGCCCGCUCUGGCGCCUGCUUUUCCAACGCUCCGCCGAUGCCCUCGAGCACUCCGUUUCACCGGACACCCCCAAUGAAUACAUGAUCACCGACAAUGAUCCCCUAGUCAACACAUAUAUCAGCGUGCCGCGCGAGAUGAGCAUGCUCAACUGCGCCGCCUUUGUGGCCGGUAUCAUCGAGGGCGUGUGCGACGGGUGUGGCUUCGAAGCCAAGGUCUCAGCCCAUAACCAGCCGACGGAGAUGUGGCCCAGCCGCACCGUGUUCCUCGUUCGGUUCGGGGACAGCGUCAUGGAGCGUGAGAAAGUUCUUGAGCGGAAUGGUGUCAAAUAA